AAUCGAACUUGAUUCGACAUCAAAUUCAAGCUCUACAAAAAAAAACACCCAUAUCUUUUACUAUCUUUUCACAAUUAAAUUAAACUUAAAAGAAACACAAAAAAAACAAUACAAAUGAUGUCAUUUAAAUUGAAGUAAGUAGCUGCCCGAAGCAGUCGCAGCACAAAACGUACACAAUAAAUGGAAAUGUGUUUGGGAUUGGCAUCAGUUCAAUUCAAUCUGCGUUUCAGUUCACCCUGGAUUCUAGUUAGCUUAUAGUUAUUGGCUAGUAGUGAUUUAAGUAUUAAUUUAUUGGCAUAGUGCACGGUCAAUAAAUCUUUAAGUGUCAAUCAUUAUAAUCGGUCGUCGUCGUCGUACCUUCCUAUAUUGCAUGUGCUAUGGGAACUUUUGUGGACUGUCAGAAAAUCAUCCGCCUAAAAACUCUCAAUGCAAAAACAGAUCCAGCUGCUUUGGCCAGAGAAGUUGUCGACAGAUGCGAUCUCAUUCACAGAUCCCAAUUGGCUGAUGUUGAACAAAUUAUUUUUUAUUUAAAAAAUCGCAAAAAUAACACAGGAAGUGAUAUAGCAGAUAAUAACAGCCAUCGUUCAACUUCUGCUGUACGUUCUUCAUCAAAAUCAAAUCAACAACCAACACCACCAUCACAACCACAACAACCCGAUGUGUCUAUAAAUCAUAUCGAUGAGUAUGUUGAACUUUUGUAUGAGGAUUUGGGAGAACGAAUACGUGGUUCAGCUAUGAUAUUACAAGUUGCCAGAAAUGCUGACAACCUUGAGGAAUUGGAAAAAAAUGAGGCUGCACUAAGCGCACUUUCGAGAGUCCUUCGCGAGGACUGGCGAAAGAGUCUAGAUCUCUCAACGAAUAUAAUUUAUAUAUUCUUCUGUUUCUCCACAUACACAAAAUUUCAUCCUGUGAUUGUGCAGUACAAGAUUGGUUCCUUAUGCAUGGAUGUCAUUGAUUUUGAACUCCGGCGCUACGAAAAUAUGCGUAACGAAUUGGAUGUUCGAAAGAAUCCCAAUACAAAACUCAGUAAAGAGAAAUUAAAUCGUAGCUCAGAUGAUUUUCUUGAUAUAAUGAAUGAGGAGAAACCCAAAGAGAUGGAACCCCCACGCCGUCGUAUCCCUGAAUUAAAACAACGCCCAAAAUCUGGUAAUUGGAAUAGCUUUCAUGGCUCCAUGUCAUCAUCCCUGAUGAAAAGUCAAAUUUUAAAUAGCAGUUAUCAUGAACACCUAUCCUCUGGAGCAACAUCACCCGAAGCCACAACAAACAGUAAUGAAGCAUUAGCUUCUAAUGAUCCCAAAGUCAAGAAAGAAGAAUAUGAUCGAUUGAAUAAACAAUUGAAAAUAUUCGCCAAAAAACAAGAACAACUCCUUCGAGUUGCUUUCUAUCUUCUACUCAAUAUGGCUGAAAAUGUUAAACUUGAAGAGAAGAUGCGACGUAAAAACAUAGUAAAGAUGCUUGUUAAGGCUCUAGAUCGUCAAAAUAUAGAUCUCUUGAUGUUAGUGACGACAUUCCUUAAGAAAUUGUCAAUAGUUGGUGACAAUAAAGAUGAUAUGAAUGAGUUGAAUAUUGUCGCCAAGUUGCCCAGGCUGAUUCAAAGUGGCAAUGCCGAUCUAAUACAAGUUACCCUUAAGUUAGUUUUCAAUUUGUCCUUUGAUGGUUCGUUACGUCGAAAAAUGGUGCAAGCUGCUUUCCUUCCAAUGUUGGUGAUGUUUUUGAAUGAUGAAAAGCAUCAUGGAAUUGCUGUGAAGAUUCUAUUUCACAUGAGUUUGGAUGAUAAGGUGAAAUCAAUGUUCACCCACACAGAGUGUGUCCAAAUGGCAACCGAUGCUAUUAUUCUUAAUUUAAAUACCAAAGUUGACUUGGACCUCGUUGCACUAUGCAUCAAUCUAUCACUAAACAAACGUAAUGCACAAAUAAUGGUCGAUGGCAAUCGUCUGCACAAUCUAAUGGAUCGAGCUUUUAAAUAUCAAGAUGCUCUCCUAAUGAAACUCAUACGAAAUCUAUCCCAACAUGAAAAUCUCCAACACAUGUUCAUUGAUUAUGUUGGAGAUCUAGCCCGCAUCAUAACAAUGUGUGAUGAUGAGAAUUUCAUUGUAGAAUGUGUUGGAAUUCUGGGUAAUCUAUCGCUAUCCGAUUUAGAUUAUUCACAGAUUUUGCAAAAUUUCGAAUUAAUUCCAUGGAUUCGAAAUAUAUUGGUGCCAGGAGAGAAAUUAGAUGAUAUUGUGCUGGACACAAUUGUAUAUUUGGGUACCUGUGCACGGGAUGAAUCGUGUGCAUUGUUAUUUUGUAGAGCGAAAGUUGUACUUUCGCUGAUUGAAUUGCUUAAGGCGAAGCAGGAAGAUGAUGAAAUUGUUUUGCAGAUAAUCUUUGUAUUUCAAAGAAUAUUGAGGCAUGAAAGUACUAGAGAGUAUAUGAUUAAGGAGACGGAAUCACCAGCUUAUCUGAUUGAUUUAAUGCAUGAUAAGAAUUCAGAAAUAAGGAAGGUGUGUGAUUAUUGUUUGGAUAUUAUUGCCAUUUCUGAUUCGGAAUGGGCUUCACGAAUUAAGUUGGAGAAGUUCCGCAAUCACAAUUCCCAAUGGUUAAGUAUGGUUGAACAACAACAAGACCAUGAAGAUAACCAAGACUAUGUCAAUAAUGAAGACGAUGAAGGUGAACUACCACCUUAUUUGACAUCAGAUUAUUUGGAUCGUUGCGAUUUAUACCAGUCUGUAGAUGAUAACGAUAGUAAUAAUGACAACAACCCAGGUAGUCCAGCUAUGUCAACUUAUAGUCGUCCUGUCAGCAGUUACAGACGGAGUACAGACCUAGAAGACCUUUACAACAUGACAUCGAGUUCAAAGUCACAAUCAUCCAGUCAAGGAGACAACAACAACUACAUGUUUAAAUCUAACAAAUCAUUAGAUUCCGAACCAGGCUUACAUGAAGAGUUACUAGUUGCCUAGGAGGGAAUCAAUUAAAAUUGCGCCUGUCGCUUAACCUCCGAGAUAUAUAUUUUUUUUUUAAACGAACAAA